ACGACUCUGUCCCACUGCACAUGCGCAGAACCGACCGUGUUUCCGGUAGCGACUUCGAUGGCGGACUCGGCGGCUGUGGCUUCCCGGAGAAGUUUAAAACUUACAAUAUGACAGAAAAUAUGGCAAGAAAUACCUCAAAUAUGCGACUUUUCCAACACCAAGAAACGGAAGUUGAUUUUGGAGCGAUGGAGUGUUAUCUGAAGUGAAGAUUGAAGACGUGAUAGAAGAUGGACGACUACUGCUAUGCUAAGAUGGCGACGUCCGCUAAAAGAGAACAUGAAAGAGAAUCACUAACGGAGAAAAAGACGAAAGAUGAAGAAGAUAAAGACGUCCAGCAGCUGACUGGUCAUCCAGAAGAACUUCCCACUCCGUUGCCGGCUGGGAGCUCCACUUUGAAGCAGGAGACUCCACAACCACCCUGCAUUAAGAAGGAAGAGGAGGAACUCUGCAUCACUCAGGAGGGAGAGUGUCUUCUAGGACCGCAGGAGGCUGAUCUCACCAAGUUGCCACUGACUGUUGUCUCUGUGAAGACUGAUGAUGAUGAAGAGAAACCACAAGCAGACAACCUCUUAACUCCACUUUCUGAUAGUGAGGCUGAAGAUGAGGUUGAAGUGACUUUGAGCAGCGAUACAGACUGUGAAGGUGAUAUGAGGACUCACACUGACAACAAACACUCUGAUUGCUCCAAAAAGAAGAGCGGUAAAACGCAUUUCAGCUGCUCAGUUUGUGCGAAAAGCUUUACCAAAAAGUACAAUUUCACUCAACACAUGAGAACGCACACAGGAGAGAAACCAUUCAAAUGUUCAGUUUGUAGUAAAAGCUUUUCUCAAAAUAGCAUUUUGACUGUACACAUGAGAUUACACACAGGAGAAAAAACAUUUAAUUGCUCUGUUUGUGGGAAAAGCUUUUCGAUAAAGAGUUAUUUGACCAAACACAUAAGAACACACACUGGCCAAAAACCAUUUAUUUGCUCUGUUUGCGGUAAAAGCUUUUCUCGAAACAGCUAUUUGAUUCCACACAUGAGAACACACACAGGAGAAAAACCGUUUAACUGUUCAGUGUGCUGUAAAAGCUUUUCUGUAAAGUGCAAUUUGAUCGAACACAUGAAAAAACACACCAAAGAGAAAACUUGUUCAGUCUGCGGCAAAAGAUUCCAUCGUAAGUCAGACGCAGUAAAACACAUAAGAACACACACGGUAGAUAACCAAUCAGCUGCUUAGUUUGUGGUAUGUUGCUCAUAUGUGGCGACUUCCACCUUAACCCAGGACCUCCUCAAAUACCUCUGUGAAGUUUGCCCCUCACCCCCACUCCCCACCUUGUCCAGAUUUUCUCAAACUUGUCCCAAUCAUUUGUGCUACUUUUGUGCUGGAUUUUUUUUUGGUGUAAUUAAUAAAGUUUUUUAGGUAUUAAUGUUUCAAUAUUCAUAAUUGAUGUACUUUUUGCCACAUACGUUGUAUAUUU